AUGGGUGACGGGCAGGCUGAGCACCCUGCACAGACGGAGCUGGAGGAGAUCACCAGCAGAAUCUCUGAUCUGAGCAAAUGGAGAGAAAUCUUUAGUUUCCGUGGUUUGGAAAUCAACAGCACGACUCAUCAGCCAGGACGGAGCAGUGCUGCAGAAGGAUCACCCGGAGCUGGGCAGGCCCCAGGGUCGCAGCCCCAGCCCCCCCUGCUCCGGCCGGGCGUGGGCGGCCGCCCCAUCUCCCUGGACACGGCCAUGAGGCUGCAGGAGCUGCUCUUCAGGAGCACGACCCCCCUCUUCAGCCGUGAGUGGGCAGCAGCUGGCUUCAGGUUCCACCCGCCACACUCGGAUCUGGCCUACGCUCUGCAGGCAGGAAAGGGAGGAACAAGAGCCAUUCUGGCAGCUGUACAAGCACACAUCAUCACAUACCUGCUCUUCACAAGAGACACAGAAUGUACUCACCUGGAAAGGCUGUGCCGGCUCGGGCGGCACCAGCAGGGGCAGGCACUGGCCACGGCCCUGGCAGAGACCCUGUGGGCAGCAGCAGGAGGUGGCAGAGCCGUCGUGUGCCUUGUCACUGCCCCUAUCACCGUGGUGCCACGCGAGGGCUGCAGAGCCAGCAGCUUCACAGACAGAACCCGGCUGUUCGAGUUCUCGGAGAAAGCUGCGGCUCAGGGCUUCAUCUCUCAUCACAUCGACUGUUGGGCCGCGGAGCCCAGCGGAGGGGCGGACGAUGGGGCGGACGGGCUCCGCUGGCCCCGGCCCCCCGAGGAGGGCACAGAGCUCCCGGCAGAGCCGCGGUGCGAAACACCCCCGGCCGGCCCGCAGCCGAUCCUCGCGGGCCUGCCCACCCUCCUGGCCUACAGACCCGAGUCCGCACAGGCAAACGUACACCACGAGGCAGAGGAGGAUGCUGAGCCAACAUGCGAGUACUGUGGCAACCUGCUGAGGCCGUUCCCUUUCUCCGAGGACGUCCCUCUCUCCGAGGACCAGGAAGACAGAUUCUGCUGCGAGCGCAGCCGAGAGCUCUAUGAGUUCAUCAGGAAUGAGAGGAAGAGGCUCGAGGAUGUCAGCAGCCUUCCCAGAGCUGUCAGCACCCAAGAAUCCCUCGGCUCUGAAGCCAACCUGCUGCUGUCAAAGGAGCAAGAGAACUGGAGGCAGCAGAAGAGACACCUGGCUAGAGAGUUGGCUGAGCAGUCUUUAAAGCCGAGUGCCACUAAAGGUUCACAGCAAGCUGGAUCCAUCUCCUGUGAGCUUUCCCAGGAACUUACAUCUCCCAGAGGUGGGACACCAGAGCCUGUUCCAAGUGCAGCUGAGCCCAAGCCCAAGCUGGAGCCCCAGCCCCAGGAGCUGGAGCCGGAGCCCCAGCCCCAGGAGGAGCUGGAGCCGGAGCCCCAGCCCCAGGAGGAGCCUGGGCCCGAGCCCGAGUCCUGGCCUGAGGAGGAGCCUGGGCCUGAGCCCGAGUCCUGGCUCGAGGAGGAGCCAGAGCCCCAGCCCCAAGAGGAGCCCGGGCCCAAGCCCGAGUCCCGGCCUGAGGAGGAGCCUGAGCCUGAGCUCGAGCACGAGGAGGAGCCUGUGGCCUUUGGUGACCUUGGCUAUGAUUUCAGUCUUCUGGGGAAGAAGGUGGGGAAGGGUAAAUUGGUGCAGAAGUACUACAAAAAUGGAAAGAAAUUCCUUACCAUGCUCCCAGACGGAACCUCACAGUUAUUCUAUCCAUCUGGAAACCUGGCCAUCAUCAUUACACGACAGAGAGACCAGCUGAUUUGCAUAGUACAGGAGGACGAGCAGAGGACAGCCAAAAUCCGAGCACUGUUUCAGUCUGAUGGCAGGAGCACAUGCUAUUACCCAAACGGAGAUGAGUGGAUAAAUAUGAGUAUCCAGGGUGGGCAGUAUUUGGACCAAGCAGGCAACAGGAUAAGAAGGUGGACGUGGCCAAACUUGUUGCCAGGACGUCACGUCCCACUGAGCCCCAUUUUCAUCUCCCUGAACCGCCACGUGGGAGUCAGGAUCCUGGCCCAGGACAAGAUCUUCAUCUCCUUCCUUGCCAUGGGGCGACAAGCAAAAUUCAACAUGGGAACCAAAGUGCAGGUCGGCACCGCCAGCCAGCCGCUUCCACCAGCCCAGCUGGGUGAGGACGAGCUCCUGCUGCUUGCCUUCCGGGUGAGGAUCCUGCAGCUCUUCGACAGGAUGCGGGGAUGCCUCAACUUCCCUUCCAGUGUGCAGUGGAACAAAAUGCAGCCUCCUAUGUACCUCAUGACCCAGGCUGUAAAGAUCUUGGAGCUCUGCAUGGCUGCUGACAUAAGUGAUGAGCUGCGCAGCUCCAUCAAGGCGAUAAUAAAUGCACAGGAGCUUUGACCGGUGUGUGUGGUGUAAGGCUAAAU